AUGGCUGCCUCCGACGGCGCGUCUUCAAUUAGCGUUGCAGUCAGAGUCCGUCCCUUUACUAUCAGGGAGGCAGCCCAGAUCACUCGGUGUGAUGAUGGUCCCCUGUUCCUCGGCGACGGAUCGUUCGCUGGUGCACCGACACCGAAGCUUAACCAGAAGGGGAUUCGAUCUAUCGUCAAAGUGAUUGACGACCGAUGCCUGGUGUUUGACCCUCCAGAGGACAAUCCGGUCCAAAAGUUCUCGCGGAGCGUGGUGCCCAAUGGCAAGCGUGUCAAGGACCAGACCUUCGCCUUUGAUCGCAUCUUCGACCAGAAUGCCUCCCAAGGAGAAGUAUACGAAGCUACAACACGCAGCCUGCUCGACCAGGUGCUCGAUGGAUACAACGCAACCGUGUUCGCGUAUGGUGCAACUGGAUGUGGAAAGACUCAUACAAUCACCGGAACCGCCCAACAGCCCGGCAUCAUCUUCCUCACUAUGCAGGAGCUAUUUGAGCGGAUUGAUGAGCGAGCGAGCGAGAAGUCGACAGAGGUUUCUCUCUCCUAUCUGGAGAUCUAUAAUGAGACCAUUCGUGACCUGCUUGUCCCCAUUGGCAGCAGUGGCAAGGGCGGUUUGAUGCUACGGGAAGACACUAACCAGUCCGUCUCGGUAGCCGGUUUGUCAAGUCACCAUCCGCAAAACGUUGGACAGGUCAUGGAUAUGAUCAUGCAAGGCAACGAGCGCCGCACCAUGUCUCCGACUGAGGCAAAUGCUACUUCAUCCAGAUCACACGCCGUCCUACAAAUCAACAUCGCGCAGAAAGAUCGGAAUGCAGAUGUCAACGAGCCGCACACUAUGGCCACUUUCAGUAUCAUCGAUCUCGCGGGAAGUGAGCGUGCCAGCGCGACCAAGAACCGAGGAGAGCGUUUGUUCGAAGGCGCCAAUAUCAACAAGUCUUUGUUGUCGCUGGGAAGCUGCAUCAAUGCACUUUGCGAUCCCCGAAAGCGCAAUCAUAUCCCUUACCGCAACUCGAAGCUCACUCGCUUGCUCAAGUUCGCUCUCGGUGGCAAUUGCAAGACAGUCAUGAUUGUCUGUGUCAGCCCUUCGAGCCAACACUUUGAUGAGACUCAGAACACACUUCGAUAUGCCAAUCGGGCCAAGAACAUCCAAACCAAAGUCACACGAAAUGUGUUCAAUGUUAAUCGACACGUCAAGGACUUCUUGGUCAAGAUCGAUGAGCAAAUGAACUUGAUCAACGAGCUCAAGGCGCAGGCAAAAGAGUAUGAAAAGAUCGCCUUUGCCAAAUACCGCAAACAGAGCGAGAAAAAGGACGCCGUGCUGCGAGAAGGCAUUUCCCGGAUUCGCAAUUCAUACGAGCACACGUUGCCUGAGAGGCAAGAGAAGACUAACAACAUGCUGAAACUGCGACAAAUCAGCCGCAGAAUUGGCAUUCUAUCGUCUUGGAUUGCAGCCUUCGAUAAUGUUUGCGCCGCACGCGAGGGCGAGGACGGAUUAUCGAAUCUGUAUGCUGUUCGCAAAACUGCACAGGGGAUCCUCCUUGAAUUAGAAGGCAGCAGACAUCAUUACAACCAACGUCUGUCAAAGAGUACCUGGGAUCGAGCGAUUAAAUCAGCGGUCGACAACGCUACGAAGCAGCUUCAGGAGUUUGAUAUCACUGAUAACAGCGACUACGCCAAUCUCAACCGAGAAGCGGAUCUUCUUCGAUCUAAUGCAGAACGCGAAGCAUUGGCAGCCGUGGUGGAACAAGAUAAGGCCGGGGAUGCUGCUGCUGUGCAGCUUCUAUUGCAAGCGCAGUUCGAGCUGAUGAGCUCCAUCGAGGAUAUCAUGCAACUAAACGCGAAUGAGGCUAUCCAAAAGGGACGGAAAAUCUUGACCAAGAUGUUGGAGGAUUGUUCAGACGUCGCCUCCAACCUCGUCAAACCAGAUGGCAACGCGCCUUCUGUUACAGGCGGCAGCUCUGCUAGGACUGCAACCCCCGCCAAGCCAAAGAAGAGAUUCAGCCUGGUGAGCUUGCCGCCGGUCUCUACAGCGAAUCCCCCAGUCACACUCGCCCCUGUUGCGCCAGUUUCACCAAUCAAGGGCUCUCCGCGUCGUCGCAAGGCCACUGCUAGUCGGAAGAGUGUCAGUUUUACGCCAAAGAAAGCGCAGGCGAAGGCUCCCAAACGAUCUGUCCGCUGGAGAGACGACGAGGAAGAUGGAGCUCUGACCGAGUUCCAGAAGACCCCCAAGAAGAUGGAGUCUGCCGAUGAAUCGAGCUUCGACGAGCCAUCCUUACCGCCUCGGUCCGGAUCUCCUAUCCCACGGAACAUCCCAAGAGUUAUCAGCCCAUCCGGUUCCAUCUCACCCACACCCGAUGAGCCCGCCGAGCCCGCCGAACUUACCUUGAACGUUCAAAAGAACAGCAACCGUUUCAAGCCAGGAUUCUUGAUGAAGAAGAACGGCAGUUCACCAUUGGCACCACCACCUACCUCCACCCUUCCUCUUUCAAGAAGCAGGGAAAACUCCCCUCUCCGUGAAAUUGACGGCAGCAAUUCCAUGAACCGUACCUCGACGGAGCGCCCGUCGCGAAUUGCAGUUCGUAGUCCCAGCGGGAACUUCUCUAGCAGUCCGGCCUCUGAAAACCGAGACAACUGGAAGUCGGACAAGGAAGAAGCAAUCAAGAUCAACUCCGCCAUGCGGCGUAUGUCUAGUGGCCGGGCCAUCAGUGGACAAUAUGGCGCACCAUCCGCUAAUGCUCUGCGAGUUCAUCGCCGCCGCAGCCCAACUGCCAGCACCCAUGGGUCCUCGCCAGCAGACAACCACAUGUUCACCGCAUCGCAAGCGCGACGCAUGGUUAAGAACGAGAGGGAGCACGAUGCCAAGCCCCACGUCUUGGGUCCUCAUACUCUCCCAGUCAUGAAGCACACAGGACGCCGCACAACCAUGGGCGGAGACGGUCGAGCUCGCAAUGUCAGCCUUUCCAGUCGGGACGCCAUUCGCCUCAGUGCGAUGGCAGCGCCGCCUACUGACCGCAGCUCACAAGGGUGGUAG